AUGGGGAUCGUCAUACACAGACAGAAGAGGCAAAACAAUAGUAAAGAAGAUUCAAACUUAAUACUUACUCUUAAACGACGGCAGCCCCGCCCGGCAGAACAAUAUCAACGGAAACUUAGCGGCCAUAGACCUGGUAAGCUCAAACAUCGAAUGGAACAUCCUACAGGCGUAUAA